AUGGCGACGUCUACUAGGGAGAACGAAAUAACUUUCCACGAUGAGGACCACUCUUCUGUGGCUCUCCAGAGAUACCACGAGGAUGUCGCUGACGCCAGAGAUUACGGUACCUCACUCGUCGAGAAUCCACUCCAAAAAACUAAAGAUUAUCUCUGGUCGCUAUUCCCAAUUACGAACUGGAUCUUGCACUACAACCGUGUGUGGCUAUAUGGAGAUCUGGUUGCCGGUAUAACGGUUGGAACCGUCUUGGUUCCCCAGUCCAUGUCAUAUGCCCAAGUUGCUGGUUUAGACCCAGAAUAUGGUCUUUAUUCCAGUUUUAUUGGUGUUUUCAUUUACUGUUUUUUCGCUACUUCCAAAGAUGUUUCCAUCGGCCCGGUUGCCGUCAUGUCCAUGCAAGUAGGCAAAAUUAUUGCCAGAGUCCAAGACAAGAACCCUGAAUACCCUGCUCCAGUCAUCGCAACGGUUUUGUCAUUGAUCUGUGGUAGUAUUGCCUUUGGUCUGGGUCUUUUGAGAUUGGGUUUCAUCCUGGAGUUCAUUUCCAUUCCGGCUGUUAUGGGUUUCAUGACCGGCUCGGCUUUCAGCAUUAUCGUGGGUCAGGUUCCUGGUUUGAUGGGCUACAACAAACUGGUCAACACCAGAAAUGCCAGUUACCGGGUCGUGAUCGACACGCUGAAGAAUUUGCCACACACCAAGGUUGAUGCUGCUUUUGGUCUGAUUUGUCUUUUCAUCCUUUAUUUCUGGAGAUGGGGUUGUGACUUUGGUGCAAGACGUUACCCUCAGCGCAAGAAGUUUUUCUUCUACACUUUGGUUUUGAGAAAUGCAGUUGUGCUCGUUUUCUCUACACUGAUCUCGUGGGGUGCCAUUUAUCAUUACAGAAAAGUUCACCCUGACUGGAAGACCAACCCAUUCUCUAUCAUCGGUACCGUGCCAUCUGGUUUGAAGCAUGUGGGUGUUAUGAAAGUUCCUCCUGGAAUAGUCAAGGAGAUGGCUUCCGAGAUUCCUGUCUCCACAAUUGUGCUAUUGCUCGAACACAUCUCUAUCUCCAAGUCUUUUGGCCGUGUGAACGACUAUAAAAUUGUUCCAGACCAGGAGCUGAUUGCCAUCGGUUUCACCAACUUGAUUGGUACCUUUUUCAAUGCAUACCCAGCAACUGGUUCGUUCUCUAGGUCUGCUUUGAAGUCUAAGUGUGGUGUCAGAACUCCUCUUGCUGGUAUCUCAACCGGUGUUUGUGUGUUGCUUGCAUUGUACUGUUUAACCAAGGCUUUCUACUACAUACCAAAGGCUGUGCUGUCUUCUGUCAUUAUUCAUGCCGUCAGUGACUUGAUCACGGACUACCAGACCACAUUUUCUUUCUGGAAAAUUGCCCCUUUUGACGCUGGUAUUUUCUUGAUUGCUGUGAUCAUCACUGUUUUUGCUUCCAUUGAGGACGGUAUUUACUUUGCCAUCUGUGCUUCUGCUGCUAUUCUGCUUUGGAGACUUUGUACUCCAAACGGUGUCUUCUUGGGCCGUGUCAAGGUUGCUCACAUCACUAAUCCCGUCAUUGUUGGGUCCGAUGAUUCCGAUGACUCCGUUGACCAGGUCAGCGUCAUUGAUGUUGAAUCCAUUGAGGGCAAAAAGGGCAAGGGAGAUGACACUGAAAGAAGAAGUUUUGCUCCUUUACCAGAGAACGUUGAGUUCAGCACCAGGUGGGUUCCUCUUUCUCACAAAAAGUCUCCAUACAGCUCGAGUGAUAUUCAUGUGCAAAGAGUGAAUCCGAAGUUGAACGUGCUGCCACCACCACCAGGAGUGAUUGUAUUCCGUCCAUCUGAGUCUUUCAUUUACACCAAUUGUUCGAAACAAUUUGAUACAGUCUUGGACGAAGUCAAGAGAGUAACCCGUCCUGGUCAUUCACGUGUUUACAAGACCAAGGGUGACAGGCCUUGGAACGAUCCUGGUGAGCUUGACUGGUCUUGGGCCAAGGUGAAGGACCUGUUUACGCUUUCACACUGGAUCCCAAAGAGAGGAAGUGAUAUUGAUGAUGAUGACGCAUACGUUGAGGAAAACCGUGAUCCUCGCCCAUUACUAAGGAUUGUUCAUUUUGACUUUGCAUCUGUGAUUGCCACAGAUGCUACUUCGAUUCAGUCUCUGGUGGAUUUGCGCAAUACGAUUCACAGAUAUGUUGGAAACGAAGUCGAAUUCCACUUUAGCGGAAUUCUCAACCCCUGGAUUAGAAGAUCCUUGCUUGCAGUCGGUUUUGGAAAGUUCCGUGACGAGACUACUGCUGCUCCAGAGACGCUUUAUUUCGAUAUUGGAAAGGCAUAUUCUUCUGGCAACUUGGAGACCUCCAAGUCCAAGGUGGUAGAUGAAGAAGAGAUUCUGACUGUUGAUCCAAGAAGCUCGCUUUCUUCUGUAGAUCAGGAUUCUUACUACGCUUUGACAGCGACUGACACACCAUUUUUCCAUCUGGAUAUCCCAUCUUACGAGCAUUUGGAGUAA